UUUCUAGCCAGAGAGACAGAGAGAGAAGAGGAGAUUCUCGGGAGAGACAGAAAGCGACGAUUGGUUGGUGAAUUUUUUUUUGGAGCAUCUUUUUUUGGGGAUUGAGAGAAAAUAUUUCAAUGGCGACUUCGAAGCUUCAAGCUCUCUGGAAUCACCCUGCCGGACCUAAAACCAUUCAUUUCUGGGCACCGACGUUCAAGUGGGGUAUUAGCAUUGCCAACAUUGCUGAUUUUGCCAAGCCUCCAGAGAAACUUUCCUAUCCUCAACAAAUCGCUGUUACAUGCACUGGAGUUAUCUGGUCUCGCUACAGCAUGGUAAUCAAUCCGAAAAACUGGAAUCUCUUCAGUGUUAAUGUUGCUAUGGCAGGGACAGGCAUAUAUCAGCUUACUCGUAAAAUAAAGCACGAUUUUGCAACCAAAGCCGAGCCUGCUGUUGCAAACGAAUGAUUAUGAUGACGAAGCUGAGCUUUCAAAACGAAAAACUGGAUAUCUUCUUGCUUCUGUUUGAAAAUCUAGUUCAAAAUAUUUUUAUUUUCUUUACAUUCCCAGAUCUUCUGAGUGGAUUACGAUAUCAUUUUCAAGGUUUUUAAGUAUUCCUGUUUGAUA